AUGGUUCUGGAGCUCCACGUCUGGGGCCCGGCCUUCGGGCUCCCGUCAAUUGACGCAGAGUGCAUCGCGGCACUUGCCUAUGCAAAGCUGACCCUGCGCGAGGGCAGCUGGGUCGUCGUCGCAUCACACGACGUCUCCAAGAGUCCGAACACCGACUUCCCUGCCCUGCGCAAUGGUCCGACUUGGGUCGCUGGCUUCAAGCCCAUCGUGCACUAUCUGCAAAGGCACAGUGCCUCCGAACAUGACCCUGACGGCCACCUGACGGAGCGUGAGCGCGCAGACACCACGGCUUUCACAUCAUUCCUCCGCACAAAUGCGCUCCCCCUCCUCGACCUCAAUUUGUACACCUCCGCCGCAAACUACUACCAAGCCACCGCCCCCGCCUAUACCGCAUUGCUACCUUGGCACCUGAACUACACCAUACCGCCUGCGCGGCGUGACGCAGCUCGUGCGCGGACACAAAGCCUAGGCUUGAGCUCGCUGGACAUCGACACGGUCGACGACAGCCCGACCGAAGAUAGUUUCUCUGCGAAUAAGAAAAAUGCAGGCAUCAACGACGACCGGGGGCCGGCGCCGUACAGAAAGAGCCUGCUCCCGUUCGGCCGGCGGGGCGGUCUGAAGAUGCUGCUCAGCCAGCCCGAGUACGCGGCGCGCUUCAAGCUGGACGCGCUGGCCAGCGACUGCCUGGAGCCGCUCGAGAAGCUGCUGGGCGACGACGAGGAAGAGAAGCCGCUGCUGCUGCACACGACGUACCCGACCACGCUCGACUGCCUCGCCUUCGGCUACCUCGCCCUCAUGCUCUACCCGGCCAUGCCCUCGUCCUGGCUCGCUGAUACCCUGCGCACGCGCUUCCCCCGCCUCGCCGCCUACACGGCCCGCAUGCGCGGCCUGACCGUCGGCAUCAACGACACGGCUCCCGCUGACCUCAUGGCCCUCAAUGACCUGCGCGGCAGCAACUCGGAGCUCAUCGCCAUGGGCCGCAAGGAGCUGGGCAUGGCGCUACCGUGGGCGCUGGCCCCGCAGCCCUCGCUCGCCGCUUCGGUUGCCGGUGUCGCCUGGUCUGUAGCGACGAAGCUGCCGCUCGUCAAGCGCGUGCUGCUGCCUGACCCUGUCAUUCCUCCUGCCGGCAAGCAGCGUUACGUGCCUGACGAGUCGCUGCUGAACUCGCUGACGGCGCUGGCCGGCGCGGCGGCGGCGGCAAUGUUGGGUGCGGCGUACUACGUCCAGCAGAACCCGAAUCCGGGAGAUGUCAUCUUCAGGAAUGAGGACGCGGCGUCGCCGUGGAGUGGCGGGUUUGGGGAUUUUGGGUCCGGAUCGGCCCUCGCGGCGCUGGGGCAUCAGAUGGAUUUGGAGGCGCAGUGGCAGAGGGAGAUGGAGCUUGAGAGGGAGAGGUUGAGCAGGACCUCCAAUGUGGAGGUUGAUGUCGGUGUAAGUGCGCAGGAGGGCAAGGGAGGUGUCGGCAUUAAGGGCGAGACACAUGUGCCUUGA